AUGAUUGUCAUCACCUCGGAGGACGGCGACGUGAGCUGGUACAGCACGGACUUUGCCAAGGGCAUCGCUGACACGUCGCAGUGCUCCGUGAAUCACUCCCAGGCCGUUUAUUGCUGCGAAUAUUUCAAGGAGGUUCCGCUCAUUGUGACCACCGACACAG